AGCAACGCCCAUUUGUCCGACAGCACCUGAAGGCAGCAGCAGUCACGCGUUGUUUGCUUCACUGAGCAAAUAUGGCGGACGAUGGCGAGUCGCUGGAGUCCUGGCUUAACAAAGCCACCAACCCUUCCAACAGACAGGAAGACUGGGAGUAUAUAAUGGGAUUCUGUGACCAAAUCAAUAAGGAGCUAGAAGGGCCACAAAUAUCAGUUAGACUGUUGGCUCACAAGAUUCAGUCCCCUCAGGAAUGGGAGGCGAUGCAAGCAUUAACGGUUCUUGAGGCUUGUAUGAAGAACUGUGGGCGAAGGUUUCACAGUGAAGUUGGGAAAUUUAGGUUUUUAAAUGAAUUAAUUAAGGUUGUUUCACCUAAAUAUCUAGGAGACAAAGUGUCAGAGAGAGUGAAGACAAAAGUGAUUGAGAUGCUGUACAGUUGGACUACGUCUUUACCAGAGGAAGCAAAGAUCUCUGAAGCGUAUCAGAUGCUGAAGGCACAGGGUAUUGUUUCAGUUGACCCAGAAAUCCCUCUUGAUGCCACAUUAAUACCAUCACCUUCUCCACGACCCAAGAAUCCUGUGUUUGAUGAUGAGAAGAAGAGCAAGAGAUUGUCAGAGCUGCUGAAGAGCAAAAAUCCUCAAGAUCUGCAAGAGGCCAAUCGGCUCAUCAGGAACAUGGUCAAAGAGGACGAGGUUAGAACACAGAAAGCGACAAAGCAAAAAAGCACACUGGAAGCAGUCAACAACAGCGUCAAACUCCUUAAUGAGAUGCUUGCUCACUUCAGUCUGGAAGGCUCCACGGGCAGCGAAAAGGAGCUCAUUCGGGAGUUGUAUGGUGAUUGUGACAAGCUCAGGCAAACAGUGUUUCAGCUCGCUACUGAGACGGAGGAUAAUGAUGGCAGUUUGGGAGACAUUCUGCAGGCCAGUGAUGACCUUUCCCAUGUCAUUAAUUCCUAUAAGAAGAUUGUGGAAGGACAGACCAUCAAUGGAGAGACUGAAGAAGCCCAACAAACACAGUCAUCACUCAGACAAGGCGCUGGUUACACAAACCGGUCAGAGAUUCUGAUUGACCUGCUGGGUCUGGACAUCCAGAGCAUCUCUCUACAGGAGCAGCAACCCCCGCCAUCCUCUCGGUCUAUUCCUGCUGACCUGCUGUGUGGGUCUGCCACUGACCCUCAGUCGCCCAGCCCCAGCACACCCUCUGCAGCACUCUCUCUGCUGGAUGAAGAGCUUCUGUCUUUAGGCAUCAACGAACCUAUUCCAAGUAAAUCAACACAUGGAAACCUGAGCAAUCAUUUGCCAUCUUUAGAGUGUUUUUAUUACCAUGAAUUCCAGAAUUCCAGUCAGGAUUUUGAUCAUUUUGACACCACCUCGUCUUCGGUUCCUGCCUUCUCUACAUCUUCGCUUCUUCCAGAUGCCCUUUCUAUGACAGCCCCCGUUAGCCAAACCAAGUCUUCUUCAACUGCCUCUACAUUAAGCUUCCCUGGGCUCGUCUUCUCCAUGCCUCCAGUUUCUACAAAAUCUGUCUCAAAUACAUCAGUUAUAUUCCCACAGCCCCUCAGUUCAGUAUUGACCACCACGGCACCACCUGCCAUUUCUCAAACAUUCAGCAAAGGCGCGCCCGCUCGUUCAGCCACCACUGUCUCUCCACAACAGGUCUCCAUUUCAUCUGCAGCGUCCCACUCGCCUUUAACGUCUCUCAGUCACAAUCUGCAAGACCUUGCCUUGCUGGAUCUGGGCAGUCCUAAAAAUAUGCCACCUGGUUUGAUGGACUUUGGCAGCUUGUUGGACAAGAGUGAGGAUCUGCACACUCCUGCUACCAUUACUUCUAGAGUCACCUCCAACACAUCCACCUCAUUGCUCCUUGGACGGAUCCAAGGAGGGUCCACUCCCCCACCUGCCAAUAGUCAGGCAGAUGACAGCCCUCUGUUACGCUCUCUGUCCCCCAUCCUCCCUCUGAGCCAUGCCAGUCCAGAAAAAGAGGUGUCCCUGGCCGAUGUCUUCGUCCCCUUGGAUGUCAUCAAGCCAAGCAAAGUGUGUCCUGUGACGGCAUAUGACAAAAAUGGGAUCCGUGUUCUGCUGCAUUUUGCCACUGACUGUCCAGCAGGCAGACCUGAUGUACUGGUGAUGGUGGCAUCCAUGCUUAACACAGCCCCGCUGCCUGUCAGGAACAUUGUUCUGCAGGCUGCUGUGCCCAAGAUGAUGAAAGUGAAACUGCAAUCACCCUCAGGGACAGAGCUGGCCCCUUUUAACCCAGUCCUUCCCCCCGCUGCCAUCACUCAGGUUAUGCUACUUGCAAAUCCUCUCAAGGAAAAGGUUCGGAUGAGAUACAAACUGACAUUCAUGCUGGGAGAGCAGCCACACACGGAAGUGGGGGAGGUGAAUGAGUUCCCGCCUGCUGACAGAUGGGGGGCUCUAUAGUCCUGCCUACUCCUUCAAGCUGACCCGACUUCUUUAACAAUUGCGUUUGUCAGUGCAGCCCAGAGGUCAAGAGAAAAGGACAGUAUGGAAGGCUUUUAAGAAAAAUUUACAGAAUGAUCUAAGUUUUAAUGGACCCUUUUGAAUGAGUUUUUCUGCUUACAAUGGCCCACUGAAGUAGCCAAAGUCCUGCAGCAUACAUCCAACUUUAGUACAGUGCUAGAGAAAUUGAGUGAAGUAGUUUUAUGUGGGGAAAUCAGUGGUAAUUUUAAAUAUUGCCAAGUUGUUAUUAGGUUUACUGUUUGCUGUUCAUAUUUACUCCUGUCCCUCAAUCACGUCAGAACUGAUUAGAGAAUACUUUUGGAUCCCAGACAGUCUUAAUAAUAAGCAAAAACACAUGUGUAAAGAGAUUGUGAAGCCAGGGUCAUAAGGGCAUGUGACCAGCACUUCACAUGAUUUGCUGCUGCUGAUGUAUGAUAACAAUGUUUUGCGCUGAAGACGUUAGACUGGAGCAGAAUAUUGCUCCUCUGUGGCUAAAUAAAAGGCACUCAGAGUGGCUGAUCAAGAAUCAGUUGCUCUCAGUUGACUUCUUCCAAUAUGCCACACAAUUACUACUGAAUACUUUGUGUUAUGAGUUCUAUACUAACUCAUAGCUCAGACUAUUGUUAUGUUUUUUUAUUCAUUCAGUAUUUAUUGUCAUGAAUGUGUUUAUUUAUUCUAGUUUGGGGAAGAAGGUAUCAGAUCUUUUAUUUUCCUGUAUGGUAUAACAAUAGACAGUUUUAUUUCUUCUGCAUACUCUUGUUAUGAUGGACACUUUAAGUAUUGCAGUGAGAAAGGCACAGAUCAGUAGUGGUCUGUCUAAGAGCCUUUAAUCUUACCAAAUAUUCAAUAGAUAUUUUAUAAUAUGUUACAUUACGUAGCAACAGGGUGGACAUGAAUUACAUGUCCAGGGCGUGCACUCUGGAUAGCAUUUUAUUAUAGAAAUGUAAUUCCUGUAAGAUAAAACGGCUAAAGUUAAUGCCAUGUAUAGCUUUGCUCUUGCUCCUGCAGUUAGACCAUGUUGUGGAAACCAAGCUAAAGGGGUAGGUUAUUCCCUUGGGUCAAGUGUAAAUGUUUAGCUUGUGUGAGAGAUUCAUACAUCAAACUAGGGAAAUGUUUCUUUGGAUAAGCCUUGGAAAAAAACUUGGUGGUUAAUUCAAAGCAUUAGUCGUAGGAGUGCUCAUAAAAAACUGAUGACUGAUCUUUCUGGGGCUAUCAGUGCUAUAUAGAAUAUUCUCAACAUAUUUCUUAUAAGAUUAUUUAUUUGUCUUAGAUUGGUAAAUGAACUUGACAUUGCAUAUUUUUGAAAAGCGAUUUAUGUGCAUGGAACAAUAAAGAAUGAGAUGGAUUUAUUUGUAUUACAAUUC